ACUGUUCUACAUGCUCCGGUACUGUAGGUGGCAGUAUGCAAUAGUCGUGAUUGCAAUCCGCCAUAAAACACAGGCGUAGAAGAAGAAGAAGCAGCAUCCCCAGCGGAGGCCUGCAGUCGACCCGUCGUCAGUUGAAUUUGACCACUGUUACUUCCGCGGUCCACGACUUUAGUUUAAACGGCAGAGACAACCACGAUGGCUCCCCGGCCGCAUGCUAGUUAACAUGUUCAUAACGCUGUGCUACGUCUACAUGUGGGUGCGCUUUCACAAGUGCUAUUCGGUCCUGAUCCGCAACAGUCUGUCCAGAUUGAAGAACGGCAGCUUCAGCUUCGGCGUCUGCUUCCACUCGGCACCGGCCAGCGGACCGCCGUCCGGAGGCCACACGGCCGCACGACGGUAUUUCAGCUCACUUCCACCCGAGGACACACUCUUCCUUCAGCUGGGGGACAAGGCCGUCUAUGUCACGGAGCCUCAGGCAUGUGAUGACCUCAGCAAAUGGACUGUACUGUUGGGUUCCUCAACAGUUCAUGGUCCACAAGUAGAGAAUAUUUCCUUCAUCAUAGAAGCUACAGGACAAAGAGUGGAAUGCCAUUCUCGUCACACAUCAAAUAAGAAAGUGCUGAGGUGGUCCGAUUAUUGUCUUCCUCUGGCCUGUAGGCCUGGUCAGCCGUUCAGGGCAGUGGCUCAGGCCACUGCAGAUAACUUCACUCGGCUGGGAGUUGCUUUUAUUGAAGAUCGCCUUCAGCUAGACAAUGGACUCGUGCCUUCAAAGAUAGUCCCUGUUGUCAUCCAAGAAUCCACACUCAGUCAGCUGUUGGAGAAAGAAUGUCCACAGAGCCCAAAGGCUGAGACAUCACUGUGGCUCCGCUGCACCCAGACUGAAGAGGGCGUUGUUCAACCUUUACCCUGUAACCUGUUGGCUGAUCCCCAGCACACACACUGCUGUAAACGCAGCCUUCUCCUCACCCCGUGUGAAAAAAGGAGGGUUGUAGAACGACGAGGGUCAGAGCCGCUCCGCGGCACACAUGACCUUGGACCAGUUGGUGACUCUGAAGUCCAUUCCUCGGGUAAUCAUCAUCACAUGGAAGGCCAUGGACACCACCUCCAUCUGUCUAGUUGCCAUGAAUGUUUGGAGAUGGAGAACAGCACCAUCCUCUCUGUCAAAUAUGCCUCAGCUGAGAACAUUCCAGACCUUCCUGAUGAUAACUCAGUCGAGCUGGAUAAUAGAGCUGAGACUCUGGAUGAACAUCAGCAAGACACUGGUCAAAGGGAUGGUGUUGACUGCAAUAACAAGCCACCAAAUGUUCUGGUAUACACAAGUGGUUGCCAGGAGCGCUUUCAGGCAGUUCACCAACUUUUAUCAGAGUGUAUAAACUUGGAAAACAAUGUAAUAUAUCCCCUCCAACCUCAGCAGGCUCUGAGUGAUCCAUGGAUGGACAAUACCAGGCUCCUGGUAGUAGCUGAGGAGGAUACCCUGACCCCCCAGCUUCAGACCCGCUUUUUCACCUACCUGAGCCAGGGUGGCCGGGUCCUGGGGCUCGCCUCCACCCUGUGCCCUGCAGGCCUUUGUCUGGAAGUCAGGGAGAGGCUAAGAAGGCGGGUCAGUAGACUGAGCUUUAUUAAGGAAGACAACACAGAGCUGGAACUGAGUCUGUUGGCAAGUGGGAAAGUCUAUGUUAGGGAUACUCAGGGAGGAGGGGAAGUGGAGCUCUGGGGAGAGCUGAAAGGGGAGGUCCCUGAUCAGAGGGAUAUGGUAAUCGUCAGGGUAACCCACGGACGGGAUAGUGGGGAGGCUGUUCUUUGUCAGGUCCACCUGGAUAUUGCACCUGAGAAUUUGACGACAGAAGGUUUUGAUGAACUGAAGGUCAGCAAUGCACUGCGUUAUGAAGUCUUGACAGAGAUCCUCAUCUCUCUGGGCCUCAGCUGUGAAAUAAACCAUACUUUAGCCCCUAGCCCAAUCCACUUGAUGGCCACCUGUCUGAAGGAAAAGACCAUCUUCCUGAAGUGGCUGGAGACACAAGCGGAUCAAAACGGUCUCCUCAGAUUGCCCAAGUCUUCUCUGAGGUUGUUGUCGUGUUCUGACCUCCAGGAUGGUCCUUUUUUGCCUGAGGUCCCUCUGGCCUUGGUCACCAACUCUUCAGAGUCCCAGAGCUGGGUGGAGUUCAGAAUGGAGACCUACAGAAAGAAUCUAAAGACCAGUCAACUGGGGCACAUCCUGCUGUACACUGAGAAUGUCUCAUCUACGAUGGAACUGUUAGAAGGGUUGAAUCUGCACUUACCAAAGGAUGUGGGUGUAAUAGCAGUGGCAGGUCGACAAAGCCAGGGAAGAGGUCGGGGCAGGAACACCUGGCUCAGCCCUCUGGGUUGCGCCAUGUUCACUCUAAAGGUCCAGGUUGAGCUGAGCUCCAGGCUCGGACAGAGGAUUCCCUUCCUCCAGCACCUGGCUGCUCUGGCGGUGGUGGAGGCUGUUCGCACACUGCCUGGAUACCAGGAGAUAGACCUGAGAGUGAAAUGGCCCAAUGACAUCUACUACAGUAACCUGAUGAAGCUCGGGGGAGUACUGGUGACCUCCAGUGUUAUAGGGUCAACUUUUCAUCUGCUCAUCGGCUGUGGAUUCAAUGUGACAAACAGCAACCCAACAGUAUGCAUCAAUGACCUGAUCCAGCAGUACAACAUACAGCAUAACUGCAGUCUGCAACCACUCAGCUGUGACCAGCUCAUUGCUCGCACUGUCAGCUGUCUGGAGGUCCUCAUCAGCAGCUUCCAACAGGGAGGACAAGAUGCCAUCCUGCCCACAUACUAUAAGAGAUGGCUUCACAGUGGGACCAAGGUUCAUCUCUGGAGUGAGGAUGGAAUGGAGGCUGAGGUGGUGGGUCUGGACCAGAAUGGCUUUCUCCAAGUGCACAGCAAGGAGCAUGGCGUGGUCUCAGUGGAGCCUGAUGGAAACUCCUUUGACAUGCUGAAGAACCUGGUGGUCACCAAGCACCAUUGAGACCAAAUUCAACAAAAAUCAUCUUUUUCAAAAUGUGUAGUAUAAAUGUAUACAGGUUUUCAAAUUGACUAACAUCAUUUUAUGUGCUACUGCAGAGUCACAUUUUAAUGUUUACACAUCAUGUAAAACCUGGCAUACAUUUGAAGUUGUUGUAAUAUAAUUGUAAUUUGUUGGAGGACAUACAUUGAUGAUGACUGGGUAUAAAGGCAGCUAUAUGUAUGCUAUGCAAUGGGACCCUAGUGCGUAUUGUGAUUAAGACCGACUGGUUAACGACCAACUUAUACUACUUUCUUGGAAGAAUAAGUCUUGUCUAAUUAUCUAAGCAUCUUAUCUGAUGAACAAUGAUCAUAGCAAAAAAUAAAGAUUCCCACUGAAA